CAUGAAAAGAAAGGUAGAUUAUUUUUGACAUGAUACACAUUAGUCAUCAUCGCAGUCAUAUGCAAUCUCAUAUGGUCCAUUAUGUGUUUCUGAUAGUGCAGUGUUUUUGUAUUGUGCGAAGAUGCCUAAUGUGAGCGGACCAGAGAUUCUGAACGAAGGAUGGCUCACGAAGUCACCACCUACGAAGAGGAUCUGGCGCGGGCGCUGGAGGAAAAGAUGGUUCACGCUGCACGCAGGCGAAAUUCCUGGUCAGUACAUACUCUCGUACUACACAGACAGAAAGAGCAGGAAACUCAAGGGAAGCAUCAACUUAGACCAGUGCGAACAGGUUGACAGGGGCUUCAAGUUUGAGGAUAAGAACCUAAAGUUUGACUACAUGUUCAACAUAAAGACGCCCUCACGUACUUAUUAUUUGGCUGCAGACACUGAGCCUGAGAUGGAGCUCUGGGUAAAGUGCAUCUGCAAAAUAUGCAGCCUCCAGGUCACCAGUGAAAUAGAUGAGUGCACCUAUCAGGAUGAGCUUGCUGAGAUCCAGGAGAAGUCACUGAAUACAGAUGUAUCAUCACCCAUCAGUUCCAGUCCUUACAUUUUGGUCUCUGAGUGCAUUACAGGGAAAACGCCAAUUCUACCUAACCAGCCCAUUGAGGAAUACAAUGCGCUACAGCAGCAGAAUAUAAAAUCGUACUAUGGACGUCCACGGAAUCACGCGAACGAAAGCUACGAUUCGUAUGAUCCGGUGCCGGCGCCCACUUACCUGAACUUCGGACCCAAGGCUUAUGAUACUCCAAGGCUGCUGCAGGCUCCACCCAAAGGAUCUCAGGAGGAGGUGAACUACUGUUACUUCAUCAAGAACAACUUCGGAUCACCACUUCAAAGCCCGACCGACACAGAGAGCGUCUUCACCGACGACGACUGGUCGCACAACGUAUCCGCCCAAACCGAUUCUAACAAAUCGACGCGACCGUCGAACAGUUCAUCGGUGGAUGUGGACUCUGCCAGUCAGCAGUUGAACAACUUCAGGAUUCCCGACGUCGUGCCGCUUGCUCCGCCCAGGCCUCCGAAGCCGUCGCACAUCGCGAUACCGCAGACAUAUCAUAAUUUGCAGUGUAGCAAAACAAUCAAAAGCGAUGGAUCAAAAUCUGGGACUCACAGCAAAUCGAAUUCAAAUUCGGAUCAGGUUGUGGCUCCGAUCAAUGACGAGAUGUAUGACUUCCCCAGGUCGCACCACCUCGAAAUGACGAACGAUGUCCGCGGAACGCUGUCUAGGCGGCAUUGUUACAACAAUGCCGCGCCUAGUAGCAUAGACGGACAUAUUUUCACGUACGACGCUUCCCCAAAACCGAGCACCAGCACCAAUAUAUUCCAAUACGGAGAUGACCUGGUGGACGAGCCGGCGUCCCCCAUAUCGCAAAAUUCCUCGACGACGGCUUAUUCGAAUUUGCCCAGUCCGAUAUUACUAGAUACACCUUUGAUGCCGCCACCAGUUGUGAAUCGUUGCCUGAAACCAAAAAGGAAGCUCUCCGACACUCGUUCGAUAGCCUCGUCGACGGCGGAACCUCCGUCUCCGAGACCGGCGCCAUGCGUCGAUCGGAAAUUGAAGCCCACCAUGACUUUCGGAACGAUGCCUUGCCAGAGGAAAGCUUUCGAGGUCGAAUACGACAACGUGAGCCGCAGGCACCGCGCAGCCCCUAGUCCCACGCCACCUAGCUUGGGAAGAUCCUACGAAAGCCUGGUAGACUAUGAUAAUGAACAGAUUUAUCAUUCGUUCCCCGAUCUGAACAAGUCCAAGAUACUGGAAUAUCUCGAUCUGGAUUUGGACAGCAAGAGUAACAAGCACGUGCGCAACGCGAAGGCUGAACCGUUGCGAUCGCCGGGCGCGAACACCGUCUACAAAAAAGUAGAUUUCAUGAAGACGGAGGCCUUCAACAACACGCGGAACGAGCUGGAAAAGGAACGAAACAAGAAUGUGCCGAUACUUAAGAAAUGAUAAUUACGAUGAUGACUCUUUUCCCCCACUAUUCUCACUCAUAUCCUUUUCUUUACUUACAUAUCCAACUACGCUUUGCCGAAGCGCACAAACACAUUUUAUAAAAAAAACACAAACAUUACCAGCUUUACAUACCGUUCAUGUUCGAUGCAUUUUCAAGUUUUUACAUUUAUAUUUUUAAUAUAUGAAUAUUAGUUUGUAACAAAUAACUGAAGUGAACGCGCAAUCAAGAGACACAGAUUAUUACUUUAUUAUUAUAUAUAAUGUAUAAUCCAUAUUUUAUUAUAUUAAUGUUAGAUGAUGAUAAUGGAGAAGAAUUUUUAAAAUCAUGUACAUAUAAAAAUUAUAUAUAUAUAUAUCUAUAUUUCUAUCAGUAAUUUGUUGAAGAUGAUACAAAAAAAAUACACACACGUUUUAAUAUUAGCUAAAUUUGUAGAGAUUUUAAAGUAAAUAAAUGAUUAUAUUGGUAUCCGA